AUGGAGUGGAAAAUCUACGACAAGAACCCUGCCAUCGUCACAGAUAACGCCAGGAAUAUGAUUGUGGCCGGUGCAGAAGCCCAGUUCAGUCCACACAUUACCUGCUUCGCACAUACACUCAACCUUGCCUCGCAGAAGGGUUUGGGGGUGGACCGUGCUUCCAGGUUGUUGGGGAAAGUGCGAAAAAUUGUUGGAUAUUUUCACCGCAGCCCGAUUGCAUGUCACGCCCUACAGGAAAAACAAACUCUGAUGGAUUUACCAAAACAUAAACUGAUCCAAGACAUAAUCACCAGAUGGAAUAGUUCAUUCGAAAUGCUUGAACGUUUUUUGGAACAACAGCCAGCUAUAAUGGCAACUCUGAUGUCCAAGGAUCUACGAAAGGGGGUCACAGAUGUAGGCACGCUGAGUGAGAAUGAUAUUGCCAACAUGGAUGACAUUGUUCAGUUGAUGGGUCCUGUCAAAAUGGCAACCACUGUGAUGUGUGAAGAAGACCAGCCAACUCUCUCUGUAAUUGCUCCUCUUCAAGCAAAACUGCUGAAACACCUACAGCCAUGCGAAGACGACUCAACCCUGGUUGCAGAGAUUAAGAGGGUGAUGGCCAGUGACCUCUCCACACGCUACAGAGGCACCCAAGAUGCUCUCAACAUAGCAUCAGCGUUGGACCCGCGAUUUAAAGAACUGCCCUACCUGGAAAAAGAGGACAGAGAACAGGUCUACACAAAACUGGUUUUUGAGGCAGAAGUGUCCCACCAGAUGCAAGCAAUGGGAAAUCAGGAGGAAGACGAGGGAAGCUCAAGCACAAAGCUGUCAGGAUUCAAUGAAGAGACCACAGCUCCAAAUGAGUCACCUCCUUGUAAGAAGAAAGCCUUAGAUGCGCUGUUUGGCGAUUCCUUCACCCAAAGAGAAAGAAAAUCCACGCGAGACAGCCAGAGCAGAGGUGUUAAGAUGAUAGCAGCCGCUAGCCAGGAAGUAAGGAGGAUGGUCUCGGGGUCCGAUGGUGUAGUAGCAUCAGGCUUCACAUUCUUGGACCCCGGGAGCUGGGUUAAGACGAUGGGAAAGGAAGGCACAGGGAUGCAGCUUCUGGUCCAGGGCAGAACGCUGGGAAAGGACAGCCCCCACUCCGACGUCCGAGGCAUCGACCUCCACUACGAACUGACAGGAUGGGUCCGGAUGGAUUAG